UAAACCAGCUGCGCACGCAAGGAAGGGCAAUCGCAAGCGAUGGUUGCCGAUAGAAAUAGCGAAGUGAAAAGUGAGCAAGAAUAGCAAAUACACAGCGUAGAGCAAAAUCGGGCCUUAAAACUCUCCAACCCGUUCCCGACCGAAAGUAUGUGUUUGUUUGCGCUUUAAUCAGUUCGGGAAAGACUCCAGUGUCCUUUGUUCGCUCUCUCCGACCAGUGGCACCGAAGAGGCAAAAUGUUCACGGGGCUCACUAACCAGGUCAGCUCUUGGAUGGGCUCUGCCAAGGGGGAACAGGAGGAAAAAGUGCCCACUCCGACCGAAGAAGGCGACGUGGUGCUCAACCAAGAGAAGAAAGAUGCAAGCCCCACGAAGCCCACCGGGGGCAGCAAACUGGACAUGUUGACCAACGUCAAGUCGCAGAUCGAGGGCAUUGGGGGCUGGCUGGGCUCCAGCAUCCCCAAGCUGAGGAAAGGCGAAGAAGGCGCCGAGGAGCAGCCCUCGGCUGAGGAGGGCAACACGCCAGCCUCGGCGGAGUCCACCAAGGGCUCGCCCCAACUCAAAGACGACGACGACAACUCCAGUCUACCAUUGGAAGGAUUGUCAAAAAUUGCCACCGGAGGCGCCGACUCUGGACCACAAUCAAUUGCUGAAACACCAACUGAAGAAAAGGAGGGUCAGUUCGGGAACGUGCAAAGCAAGGCUCUGGCUGGGGCGAAGUCCUUCGGCUCGUUCCUGUACUCAGCUGUAAAUAAGGCCGGCAAGACCGUGAGCGAGGCGAGUGCGAAGAUAAAGGAAACGGUAGAAAAAAAUAGUAUCCUUGGGGAAUUUAAUAAGGAACAGGAGGCGUUCAUGAAGGGCCAGGGCGGCAACACCGCCACUGCCCUUCCGCCCUGGGUUGGUUGUUCCAACGAGGAGGCCCUCAAAGAAGAGUGCCUCAGUCUUUCAACUGACAAAAAAAAUUUCCUUCGUAGUCCCCCGGCUGGAAUCGACUUCCAGUUCGACUAUGAGGUGUCUUACCCCGUCGCUAUGGCUAUAAUGGAAAAGGACCCUAAUCUGGAGAAGAUGCGAUAUGAACUUGUGCCUAAAGUAAUAAGUGAAGAGAAUUUUUGGAGGAAUUACUUCUACCGUGUUAGUCUAAUUUGUCAGGCGAACGAACUGUCGUCCAUGUCUCGUGAUGGCGACAGUCAGUCGCAACCUCUCACUUCUGAUCAACCUAUAGCUAGUUCAGACGACGAGAUGGAGGAGUUUGUGUCAGAUAGUUUGCAGGCUAGCAGCGAAGAUUUUGUUGAAGUGGCCGAACGCAUGAUGAAAACUGUCAUUGUGCCGCAGCCAAAGGAAGAAUGGGAGCGGGAGUUGGUGGCAGAACUGCACGACUAUGAAGUAGUCGCCGAACAAGAGCCCAGCAGCAAGCGGGACAUCUGGGAGCAGGAGAUCGAGGAAAUCGAAGAAAUGCUGAAGGAUGGCACGGAUUUAAAAUAAGCGCGCUAUUCCCUGUUAUUUUGGGCUUCUAUUCAUAUCGGACCGACUGAUUUACAUUCCGUUGAACUUAUUUGUCUAGUCAUUACAUCAGAGUUGGGCAACAGAAUUAUUCGCGAGGCUCGGCUUUGACUAUAAGUGUAUUAUUUUAUGUAACUUUGUGAUAUUUACUCUUGGGGUCUACACCUGAAAUAUCUUACAAGAUACAAUAACUAUUAUCACAUUAAUAAAUGUAAUAAAAUUGUGUGCAUUUGCUAUGGAGGCUGUUUCAAAUCAUUCCUUUUAGUCUUAGGUACUUGUGUAAAUAAUCAUUCAACACUCUCUAACUGUAGCUGUUGUUAUUUUCAACGCUCGUGUCACGUUCUCACAAAUGAUCCGCGUUUUUGGAAGUCAUUUUCGCGGUACAACGGUUUGUAAGAGCGUGACGUGGCAUCAAAUCUAUAUAUUCUAAUGAAAUGUUUUUUGUUAAUGAUCUUUUGCUGCUUUAGAAGCGAAUUUAAAAAAUUACUAAUCUUGAGUUAGUGUUGCAAACGGUUUAUAUUUUUUUAUUAAACUGUUCAGUUCGUUUCAAAUGUUAAUGUCAUAGUACUAAAAUGUAGCUUACGUGUAUUAGGCAUAUUUAUCCUGUAUUCUAAUUGUUAUACAUCAUAAAAAUUGUUAAAUAAAUGUAGCAACUGUGCCCAGUAUGAUGGAAUUCUUCAUUGCUUAGUCCACCUCAGAGUAAAAUGAAAAUGUAUAUUUCAAGUCGAUAUUGUAAUCAGAUUAUAUAACCCAGCAAGAUGCAACAGAUGUGAAUACUGUAUAGACAAGUACUUAUAAUAAAUCAAUAAUAAUG